UACACAUCCAACGGUGAAUAACUCGGGUGUUUCUACAACACUAGUUUUCAAUGCAAUACUAGAUUUUAAGAUCCUAUUUUUCAGUGAAGAAUAUAAUAGAGAUGUUAUUAUUGUAACAUUGUCACCAUUUUGCAGUUACACAGAGAAAGAGACAGAGAGAAGAGAAAUAAUGGCAAUGACAAUGGCAACCAUGCAAGAGAUGCCAAGAAGCCCAGAAGCAAAACUUGGGUUAAGAGUUAAAGAUCUAUGGGAUCAUCAAGAGGCACAAUUAAGUCCUGAUGAGAAACUUAAUGCUUGUUUUGAAAAUAUCCCUGUUUCUGCUUUUCCUUUACCUCUUGCAACCCAAGAUAUUGAAAUAAAAUCAGAUGCUACCUUAGCUGAAGCUGUGAAAAUACUGGCACAUCACAAUAUUCUGAGUGCACCUGUGGUGAAUGUUGAUGCACCUGAAGAUGCUAGUUGGAUUGAUAGAUACAUCGGAAUUGUUGAGUUUGCUGGAAUUGUUGUAUGGAUUUUGCAUCAGUCUGAACCUCCAUCUCCUAGGACUCCAUCCACUCCUAGGAGUCCAUCCAGUGCAAGUGCUAUUGCAGCCGCGGCAAACGGAAAUACUUUCGCUCUUGAACUCGAAGCCUUAGGCCUCGGAUCUGCCGCAACAACUUCAGGAGACUUUUUUGAGGAUCUCACUUCUUCUGAACUUUAUAAGAACACCAAGGUUGGAGAUAUUUCAGGGACAUUCCGAUGGGCUCCGUUUCUUGCUUUGGAGAGAUCGAACUCAUUUCUAACCAUGCUCUUGUUGCUUUCUAAGUACAAGAUGAAGAGUGUUCCUGUGGUAGAUUUGGGUGCUGGUAGAAUUGAUAACAUCAUCACACAACCUGCCGUGAUUCAUAUGUUGGCAGAAUGCGUCGGACUUCAGUGGUUUGAAAGUUGGGGAACCAAGGAACUGUCUCAUGUUGGUCUUCCCCUUGUGACACCACAACAGAUCGUCAAGGUUUAUGAGGAUGAACCUGUCCUUCAAGCAUUUAAAGAAAUGAGGAAAAAGAGGGUUGGAGCGUUGCCUGUAAUCGAAAGAGGUGGCACCAAACCAGUUGGUAAUAUAAGCUUGCGAGAUGUUCAAUUCUUGCUAACUGCCCCAGAAAUCUAUCAUGAUUAUAGAGCUGUUACAGUGAAGGAUUUCCUGAGUGCAGUUAGAAGCUACUUAGAGAAGAAUAAAAACAUAUUCACAAUGUCAGGUGAAUUUGUUACAUGCAAAAAAGACUGUACAGUCAAAGACUUGAUUCAAUUGCUCGACAAAGAGAAGCUUCACAGGGUGUAUGUUGUGGACGACGAAGGGAAUCUUGAAGGACUAAUCACACUAAGAGAUAUCAUCUCAAGGCUAGUACAUGAACCACGCGGCUACUUUGGUGAUUUCUUCGACGGUGUUCUCCCUCUACCUGCUAACAGCAGGGUUUAACAAACAAGGCAUCAAGAAAGAAUAACUUGCUCUUGCAGCAACUUUUUGUUUUGUUUUUUUUUUCUUUUCAAUAAUUCUUAAGUAAAGAGGAAAAGUAAGAAAUCUGUAUUUAUCUUCAAGGUUGAAGAUGUGUAUCUAGGUUUUGACGUUUUGUAAUAUUUAGGCAGUUUGCAAGUUACUUAACCUGUUUUAAUUAUUGAUUGUUAGAAUGGGACUUUAUGUAUUGUAAAUUCUGGUGUAACCAAAAGUUCUGUUAAUUUGAGUUUGUUUCUGUUA